UUGUCACAUGUGCGACACGCUAAAUCUCAGGAUGUCAUUGAUCUCCAGAUGCAGGCCUCCGCCCACCUGGCCCCCCCGCACAGGCCGCCUUUCAACCAGAUCAGAUGGAAAAGGCUCUCCUUUUCCUUUCAUGUACCAUCGUCUCUGUGGGUACGCCUCCGUUUUGGUGGUCGACCCUUUUGGCUGCGCGCUGCGUGGAUUUACCCGGACCCGGAGCUGGAGCAGCAGAUCCUGGCGCUGCCCAUCCGCUGCAUCCACAGCGAGGAGGGCUGCCGCUGGACCGGCCAGAUGAAGCAGCUGCAGGGCCACUUCUCCACCUGCGCCUUCAACGUGAUCCCGUGUCCCAACCGCUGCUCGGUCAAGCUGACGCGCCGCGACCUGCCUGACCACCUGCAGCACGACUGCCCCAAGCGGAAGGUCAAAUGCGAGUUUUGUGGCAGCGAGUUCACCGGCGAAGCCUACGAGAACCACCAGGGCGUGUGUCCCCAGGAGAGCAUUUACUGUGAGAACAAGUGUGGGGCGAGGAUGAUGCGUCGCCUCCUGUCCCAACACAGCAUGGCCGAGUGUCCCAAACGCACACAGCCCUGCAAGUACUGCGGCAAAGAGUUCGUCUUCGACACAAUCCAGAACCACCAGUACCACUGCCCCCGCUUUCCUGUCCAGUGCCCAAACCAGUGCGGCACCCCCAACAUUGCCCGUGAGGACCUGGCUAACCAUGUGAAGGACAACUGUGGCAGCGCGCUCAUCCUCUGCCCCUUCAAAGACGCGGGCUGCAAACACAGAUGCCCCAAAUUGGCUCUUGGCCGUCACCUAGAAGACACCACCAAGUCCCACCUGACCAUGAUGUGCAGCCUGGUGGGGCGCCAGCGGCAGGAGAUCCUGGAGCUGCGGCGGGAGAUGGAGGAGCUGUCCGUCAGCCACGACGGCGUUCUCAUCUGGAAACUCAACGACUACUCGCGGAAACUCCAGGAGGCCAAACUCCGGAGCAACCACGAGUUCUUCAGCCCUCCCUUCUACACCCACCGCUACGGCUACAAGCUGCAGGUGUCGGCCUUCCUGAACGGCAACGGCAGCGGCGAGGGCUCCCACCUGUCCGUCUACAUCCGCGUGCUGCCCGGGGAGUACGACAACCUGCUGGAGUGGCCCUUCUCCUACAAGGUGACGUUCUCCAUCCUGGACCAGAGCGACCCGUCGCUUUCCAAACCCCAGCACAUCACAGAGACCUUCAACCCCGACCCCAACUGGAAGAACUUCCAGAAGCCCAGCAGCAGCCGCAACUCGCUGGACGAGAGCACCCUGGGCUUCGGCUACCCCAAGUUCAUCUCGCACGAAGAGAUCAAGAAGAGGAACUACAUCCGAGACAACUGCAUCUUCAUCAAAGCCUCCAUAGAGAUUCCCCAGAAGAUCAUGGCUUAAGAGUCCACGUUUGCUCUCCUCGUGAAGGAGAAUGAAGACUGGAACAGAUAUCCAACCGUUGAACUUCUACACAUUAACCCUUUAGGUACUUUAUGCCCUUCCAGCCUCUCCACCACAGAGCUUGAAAUGAGUCUGUUUGGCUGAACGAGCCGACUUGGAGAACGUUGAUGCAUCGAAGAGAAGAAAGUGUUUGGUCCAUUGAACCAUCACUCUCUGGUGUUUUUUUUAUUUUUUAUUAUUAUUCUUCUCUGUACGUUUUCGAACCUUUUUUCAGUCUACAACAAAAAGCCUUGGAAAUCAAACAGUGCCUAGAGAGUUUAUCUUAAGUUUGACUUUUUUAAAUUAUUAUUAUCUCCACAGCAAAGACAUUGAAGAUUAUGGAGACAAUGUUAAAUAUAGGGUAGAUGCUUCACUGCAUUUAGAGUAGAAAGAGAGAUGCCCGGUCUGAGUGAUCAAAAGUGGAGAGAGCUCAACAGACUCAAGCUCAGACCCAACUGCCUUUUGUUUACAUGCUCAAACACUAUAUCGAUCCUUUAACAAACACACAGUCCCUGCUUUGAACUUCCCAUGAGAUUUAUCUAAAUCCAAAUAAAAUCAAUGUUUUAUGGCGAGCCUUGCGGCUUAGAUCAUGUUUCAAUGCAACAGGCUAAUUUUGAUAGAUACGACUUUGUGCUUUGUGCCAUUUCUGCUUAGCUUAGUAUUGAUUAAGUACUGGAAAUUAAUUGAAACCGUCGGGCCCCAUUCAUGAACAAAUCUACCAACCAGCAGCUGUAGAGCUCCCUUUUUAAUCGAUACACAAAACCUUUUUACAAAGCCAAUGUUCUAUUUGCCCUAGUUUUCUCUCCUUUUGCUAAGGUAAGCCAAACAGUCAAUGAACAUCCUGUUUCGCAGUUAAAGAAAACAUGUUAAAAAGCACUCAGAAACCAGACAAAAAAGCAACCCGUGGCUGCUUUUUAAAACCAUAGUACUUGCCAGCAAUUAAGUUACAAAUCUGUGUCUCCUUCCCAUCGCUGGAAGUGUGUGUGGCUCGUGUUUGUAAGUUAGUUGGACCCUCUGGAGCGCUUCGAUGCACCAAUCACACACUUGACCCUGAGAGGCUGCACAUUCACAGUGGAGUCCUACAAUAAGAAAAGAUAUAAGCACCUUUUGUCUGUCUCUGAACGAGCAGGGUAGACAAAUAGGCCAGUUGAUGGAGUACAGUGCAUUUAAUAGUGAAGGAAAAGCCAUGUGGCCUUUUUAUAAAGUACGUCUUCGCAUGAGGGUUUAUGGGUGAGCAGGGCAACAAAACACAUGCAUGCUUCAUGUGCUAACACCUGGAUCACACGUUUAUACUGUAACCUGUAUUCUUGAAAUCCUCUCCUGUUUAUGACUAUUUUGUCUCUAAUUGUUUUUUUUGGACCAUUUGAAAGUUGAAAAAAACUGUUUUAAAAAAAAGGCAAAAAAGAAAAAAAUUGAAAAAAAGGAAUAGUUUUUAAGUUGUUGUUUUUUUUUUUACAUAUACAAGAAAAUGUGAACACUCCUGGUAUGAUAACCUGUAAAGACAAUGAACUUAUUGUGGAUGCUGUUUGGAGGGUGACAUGAUCUCUGCACAUAUGUGGGUGUCUCGGGACUGACGGCACCUUUGUUGUUACCAUGGUCACCGGUAACUAUCUUCAGCUCGACACACAAUGUGAGGAUGAUGAGCGGCCCUGUUCUCCGCAGCCGUCUUCAUCACAUCACUGUCAGGAGUGAGGGGCACUCUGACCACACGUUUACUCCUGAUGGACGUGAACGCUGAAGUAAAAAUGCAGAAGCACAUUCUGUCUCUUUAUGACCACGUGGGAAAAUUCAUGAUUUCUUGUCAUAAUACCAGCUGAUAUUUUACAGUGAUUUAAAGAAGCAAACAAAUCAAAGUUUUUGUAAGAUUCUGUAUUUUUAAAGAUACCUAGCUGUUUUAUACAAACUUUUUUUUUUCGGUUGGAGAGUCGGGGUAAACUUUGGGAAUUUUAAGACCCUUUUGUCUCUUGGACAUUUGGAUAAUUUGUCUGUCUGUGUGAUUUGAGCCUCACGUAUUCUGUCUGUAUUAUUUCCUCUUAAAAGUAUUUAUUUUAAGGACCUGUCAUGUGAGUUUGCUCUGAUGGUGCAAACUUUUUCAUAUGUUGAUUGAUGAGUACUUGUCAAUUUCUUAUCUGAAAUAAAAUACC